AUGACGGUGCAACAGAAUGAGAGGGCAAUGGAUUCUGAGGCCCUGAGUCUGCAAAUACUUUGGCUGGAUCUUCCUACAGUAGCAUCUAAAGGAUCAGGAUGUUUCCCACCAGCAGGCAAGGUUUCAAACACAAGAAGAAAACCAGCAGGAACUGGCGAGGGGUCCCGGCCAGUGUCCUCCAGGCCGCCUCUGGCGCCGGGAUGCGUAGGCGGGCGCAGCUCCCGUGGUGACAGACUGGAGCUGCAUCGGUGUCCAUCAGUCAUCCUCAUGCCGGCUCCGCUCCGGAGGGGCCCCGCAGCGCCACUGCCCCACUCGCCCUCGGUCCCCUCGAGUCCCCGCAGCGCGGCCGGCGCGGCGCGGGGCCGCCCUUCCCGCGGCCGUCCAGCGGGUGGCGCUGGCGAGUCGCCGACGGAGAGCGGCGGGGGAUGCGCGGGAGCGGAGCGGGAGCGCACCGGGAGCGGAGCCGGGAGCGGGAACGGAGCGGGAAACGAGCGGGAACGGAGCGGGAGCGGAGCGGAGCGGGUGCGGAGCCGGGAGCGGGAGCCGGGUCUGGCGCGGCAGCCCCGUCGUGGGUGGCGGGAGGCUGCGGAGAAGUGUGUUCAAGAUGAGAUCUUACCAAGCAGCAGAAAUCUAGUAAGUAUGCGUGUGACCUGUGUUUUCAGAGUUUCUCCGCAUCUUGGACUACCAGACAGAAUACUGGAAGAGGCUCAGCUUCAUCUGAUACACUACACUGCUGCAGCAAUAAGGAGUAUAUAACCCCGGACAGAUGUUAUUCUCACCUGCUCUUGAGGCAAGCGGAGGGGAUAGCCACAGCCUCCCUAAGCAGACUGUGUUUCAUCACUCUCAAAGUUGGGAAUUUGCUUUGUAACACGGAACCUGAAUAUUCUUUGCUACAAAUUAAGCUAAAUUCCUGUUGACCUUUUCCUGACAGCUACAGGGGACCAUUUUAUUCACUGGUCUCUUUGUUACAUUCUGGAAAAUAUAUCA